GGUGCAAAGGAUAUGGAGGAGAUCGAGAACGAAGUGAAAGACGUACAGUAUGUCAAGAAGAUACCCCCAGCUGGAUGGAAAUUUUUACCCACCGACGAAGAAAUCAUCUUUGAAUAUCUCCGCAAGCGAAUUCUCAACGAAAAGCUUCCAUGCGAAGAUGUCAUCGAAGAAGUCCACCUAUACGAACUAGACAUCCCUGAUCUCGCAAAGAGAUACGAGUCGAGUCAGCAAGACGGACGUUGGUACUUUUUCACCGACAGGACCCGAAAGUACCGUGGAGGGAACAGGCCGGCACGUUCCACGCCAUCUGGCUUCUGGAAGCUCACUGGGUUAAAAUCAGAGAUCGAACACAAUGGGAAAAAGAUUGGAGUGAAGAACACACUCAAUUUCUACUGGGGGCUUCAACAGGGGGAGAAUUCAAGGACACAGUGGAUGAUGCGUGAGUACAGUAUAAAGGAGUUUCAGAUACCUAAGGAACCUGCAGGUUUAGAGGUAAUGAACCCAGGUCUAUGUUUUUAG